AUCUGCGGCCCACGAGGAAUUUUUUUUUUUUUGACGCUACUGGUUUGGGAGUUUGACACUGUGACGAGUAGAGGUCAAGUUGGUGGGGAAUCUAGGCGGCGGAGGCGGUGGAGCGUGUCGGGGAGAAGCCGCCGGCGGCGAGGGGAGAUGGAGGCGACGGUGGACGAGCUGAGCGAGGCGUACCAGGAGUUCGUGGCGGCGGCGGCGGCGGUGGUGGAGGCGCGGGGGCAGUCGGGGGGAGAGAAGAACGCGGCCACGGACGCGGCGCUCGAGGCGUUCAAGCAGCGGUGGGAGCUCUUCCGCGUCGCCUGCGACCACGCGGAGGAGCUCGUCGAGUCGAUCCGCCAGCGAAUCGGUUCCGAGUGCCUCGUCGACGAGGCCACCGGCGCCUCCUCCUCCUCCUCCGCGGCGCUGGCCGCCCCCGGCAUCAAGCCCAUCAGCGCCGUCCGCCUCGAGCAGAUGAGCAAGGCCGUCCGCUGGCUCGUCAUCGAGCUCCAGCACGGCGCCGGAGGUGCCUCCGCCGCGGGUCCCGGCGGCGGGGGCGGCGCCGCGGCUGCGGCUUCCGGCGUUGCGGGGCAGCACGGCCACGGCGGGGUCGACACGCGCUUCCCCGAGGACGGCGCCCAGUAGGUAUUUAUUUUGCUCAAUUAUCUUGUACUAGUAGUAUUUUCUUCCAAAGAAAACAAAUUACUGGUGGUAUCUCUGUGUAAUCGUCUAAGAAUUGAAGCAUUAGAGCUUGUGAUCGAUAUUCUAAAAAAAAUUGAGCUUGUGAUUUUCUCAGCAUUGUUACUUUAUGCCUACUGAUGUUAAAAUUUGGGAGAAAUUAACCGUUUUCUUA